CAGAGCCAGACUUACUGGGACCAAGAUGGAGCUAAGCACUUUGUUUCCCACAGACUACCCGGAUUAUGAAAACUGGACCAGUGGUUACCCCGUGGAUGGGGUCAGGGAAUAUACAGCUUCCGAAGUCAUCUCCCUCCUGAUCUUUUCCAUGGUCUUCCUUGUGGGUGUGCCGGGCAACAUGGUUGUGCUCUGGGUGACAGGGAUUGAGACCCACAAGAUGGUGAACAGCAUCUGGUUUCUGAACUUGGCCGUGGCCGACCUGUUCUGUUGCCUGGUGCUCCCGCUGUUGGCCGUCCCUGUCAUCCGGCAUGGGGAUUGGCCCUUCAGCCACGCCGCGUGCCACUUCCUGCCCUCCGUCAUCCUCUUCAACAUGUAUGCCAGUGUCCUUCUGCUCACGGUCAUCAGCAUUGACCGCUAUAUAUUGGUCACGGAGCCCAUCUGGUGUCAGAACCACCGGAGCGUGUGCAUGGCCUGGUAUGCCUGUGCCGGGGCCUGGAUUGGGGCCUUCUUACUCACCAUCCCUUCCCUGAUCUUUCGCCAACUGAUGGAGCAGCACUUCCCACACAGUUGGUCUUGCGGGGUGGACUAUAAUGGGGAAACUGUCGAGUUAAUAGUGACCUUCUCUCGCUUCCUAUUUGCCUUCCUGUGCCCCCUUGUCAUCAUCUCCAUUUGCUACAACCUUCUGCUCAGCCGUCUUUGGCGCCGGGAGGCGACUCGCUCCCGCAAGACCGUCAAGGUGGUUAUAGCUGUGGUGGUGGGUUUCUUCAUCUGCUGGACCCCCUAUCACAUUGUGGGCGUCCUGAAGGUCCUCAUCCCUCGGAACUCCGCCUUCUACUUCCAGAUAGAGAAUAUAGACAGCUUUACCAUCGCGUUGGCUUAUGUUAACAGUUGCAUCAAUCCUAUCAUCUAUGUGGUGGCCGGCCACGGCAUCAAGAGUCGCAUGGAGAGGCAUUCCCUAUGCGCCAAGCUGCGGAAUGCACUGGCCGAGGACUCUGUAGGACGAGACAGCAAGUCCUUCACCCAGUCCACAGUGGGAUCUACCACGCUCCCCGAGGAGCAGGUGUGAAAAGGACCCGUGGCCCCCCUCUGAGUGGGCAGUGGGUGGCAAGCUCAGAAGGGUCCUCUGCCUCCUCUCUCUGGAGGAUUGCUCAGGCUUAGCCUGUGGACUUCCUCCUCUGCUAAACCACCGGCUUCCCCUAGCCUCUGGUUGGAUUGUGAGCUACCUGAGGGCAGAAACUGCCUUUGUCAUGGUGCCUGCCACAUGGGAUUAAUAAACAGGCUGCCUAUCUCUCCCCAGAGUCCUCUAUGACCUCCUUGUCAGACCCCAGUCUAACCUCUACUCCAUCUUGGAGGCCAUCUCUGAAUGUCUUCAGCCCCCUGGGGGCCCCACUUCUGAGCUUCUCUGGUGCCUUCCCUCAUUCUCCAAGAAACCUGCCUGAAUCACACCCCCACCCCGAGAAGCUCUUGAACCUCCCCCAUCUUGUUUCAAUAAACUAUUGAGAAUCUGAA